CCGUAUUGGCUGCUGACGUCACGUUCAGGAAGGCAGCUACCAGCGAGGAGGGAGCGGCCCUUUGGGUGAGCUUAUCUGCCAUUCUGAAAACGUCACAAUGACCAGAGGAAACCAGCGUGAACUUGCCCGGGCCAAGAAUGCCAAGAAGCAAGCCGACCAGACCAAGGGCAAGAAGACUGAGAAUGGGUUGUCUGCUGCUGCCCGCAAGCUGAGGGAUGCAGAGAUAAUGCAGCAGAAGCAGAGAAAGGCAGCUGACAAGGAAGGUCAUGACCUCAAGUCCAAAUAACGUCCAGAAGACAGACACCCGUCCCAUUGUGUCAAAGGACUUCUUCUUGAUGUUAUGAGAACGGAUCUCUACAUUUUUAGAUUCCUACAUUCUUCCAUAUGGCAAAUCACACUGCUCGUUGUGGCCUAUUGGCUUUGUGUUACCAUAAUAAACCAUCUACCUGAUUGGAAUAAUAGAGCGAAGGAUUUAGCGGUUUGCCCACGUUGGUUCUGCAUGUCUCAUUCUGAACAUUAUUCUAUAGUGUAACAUGAUGACCACCAAGCCAUAACAUACCUGUGGAUGUUUAUAGCAAACUGUGUGCCCCGCUGAUUCCAAAUAAAGUCUACAUCUUUUUAGUUCAUGUUUGCGUGUGUUAUUUAGCACAAUAACUAUAAAGGCUGAAGUCUUUGGGGCCCCUAGGAGCUGGAGUCGCUCCGUCCGAGCUCUGUUCUAGUGACACGUUGUUUAUCCUCUGGCAUCAUUUCAGAAGGUUAAAGGGUUGAUACUGCCUACCACUAAUAUAGACAUUGGACUCAACAGAGGUUGUUGUUUUGUCAGAGCAGGGAUGUAGAAUGCUAUUGAGAGGGACAUUAAUGAUAGUAGCAAUAAGGGUGGUCUGAUUAAUCAGGGCUAAUACACCAUUCAUUGGUAUAUACAGCCUGAAACUAAUGCCUGCAAAAUUAUGUGAAUGUUCCUUCCAAUCCAGAAUGUUGAAUUAAAUGACUUUUAAACUUA